CAGCAGUGAGGCCCUUCCUGUAACAUGGCCGAAGCCACAUGUUCGUGGUAAACAUCUCUGCUCGACUGUAAUAUUUAAAAUCCCGUGUCGCGAUGGAGUCGGAGUCAAACACGCCAGCGGAGGCGAGCGCUGCUAUGGACAGCGACGGAAACACAGACACGUUUGAGAAAGUCAAGUCAAAAAGGACACAUAAACGCAAGCGGGAUGCGACCGAGGUGGACAUGCAGCCUGUAGCGGCCAAGAGACCGCAGUUCCCGGCCUUAUCAGGAGACCAGCUCACGGGAGGAGCUGUGGAGAUGCGGAAGGUGCCCGUUCCCGCUCACCGUUACACUCCUCUGAAAGAGAACUGGAUGAAGAUCUUCACGCCCAUCGUAGAACAUCUGCAGCUUCAAGUGCGCUUCAACCUCAAAAGCAGACACGUGGAGAUUAAAACGUGCAGAGAAACGUCAGACAUCGGCGCCCUGACCAGAGCUGCGGACUUCGUGAAGGCCUUCGUUUUGGGCUUUCAGGUGGAGGAUGCUCUUGCUCUGAUCAGAUUAGACGAGCUGUUUCUGGAAACCUUUGAUAUCACGGACGUCAAACCUCUGAAAGGAGAUCAUUUAUCCAGAGCCAUCGGGAGGAUAGCGGGGAAAGGAGGAAAAACCAAGUUCACCAUCGAGAAUGUGACGAAAACCAGGAUCGUGCUCGCAGACACGAAGGUUCAUAUUUUGGGAUCUUUCCAGAACAUCAAAAUGGCCCGGACGGCAAUAUGCAACCUCAUUCUCGGAAGUCCUCCGUCGAAGGUGUACGGCAACAUUCGAGCGGUGGCCAGCCGAGCGGCCGAGAGGUUUUAACACGCAGCUCACGGACUGAUGCACAAAUAACCAUUGACAUUAUGACUGCCACGUCGGCCUGGUCGUGCGUGAGAGAGGGAUACGCCAGCACCCGGAUCUUCACAUAAUAAACACUUCACCAAUGAAAAUCAGACGCGUGUGGAGCCAAUAAUAAAGUUGUACGUGUUUAUUGUUUCA